AUGGCGCUGUGGCUCCCGGGCUCAUGGAACGGCGGCCCUCCGUCGGAGGAGGAUGAGGAGCGGGAGCAGGCUCCCACUUCCCCUCGGCGCUUGCCGGAAGUGCAGACAUACAGCCAAGGGAUUGAAUUCGCCUGCCAAAAAGAAAGAGAGUUUGUGAAGCACUCUGUAGAAUGCACAUGGAACCUAGCAGAAGCCCAGCAAAAACUUGGAAGCUUGGCACUGCAUAAUUCUGAAUCCUGUGAUCAGGAAUUAGCUCAAGCAAAGGCUGAAGCUGCAGAGUUGAGAUGGAGAGAGGAAGAGUGGAGAAGAAAAGAAGAAGCACUAAACCAGAGUGAAAGACAGAAUCUAUGGAACACAGACCCUGUUAGUAAGGAGGUUUUUAAUAAGAGUUUCAUUAAUCAAAAAAGAAAAGAAAUAGAAGAUGAACAUGUGUCUGAACCACUUAUGCAAAAACAUGAACAAAAGAUUAGACACUUUGGUAUGCUGAGCAGAUGGGAUGAUAGUCAAAGAUUUUUGUCUGAUCACCCAUAUCUUGUAUGUGAAGAAACAUCUAGAUAUCUCACAUUGUGGUGUUUUCAUCUAGAAAGUGAACAGAAAACAGCUCUGAUGGAGCAAGUAGCACACCAAGCAGUUGUAAUGCAGUUUAUUAUGGAAAUUGCCAGAAACUGCAAUGUGGAUCCAAGAGGUUGUUUUCGUCUCUUUUUCCAAAAAGCCAAAACAGGAGAAGACUAUUUUGAGGCUUUUAAAAAUGAACUUGAAGCUUUCAAGACAAGAGUGAGAAUCUGGUCGCAAUCACAGGGCUUUCAAACUACGUUACUACAUGACAUCAGUGUCAAUCCUGGUCUUGUAGGAGAGCUGACUUCUUUUUUACAGGUGGCCAGGAUGUCCAUUGAACCCAUGAAGAGUUCACCGUGCAGAAGAAUGAACUCUGCAUCGUUGGGAGGUUCCACAGGAUGAGGGAGAAGAAUUGGAAUGAACUCUUACCUGAGCCUGAGGGAGAAAACUCUUUGGAAGGACGCCCAG